AUGUCAAAAAUUGCCAGCUAUGCUCGUAACAAUAUUGGCUUCGACACCAAUGUACGGAAAAGCGGAUACCAAACCCUCUCGGCGAAGCCUGGACAUUUCCCACCCCUUGCGCGCUUUACGGUAUCAAAUCCACCCAUCGUAUACCCUAGAAGUAUUUCUCGGCGCAUCCAGAAGCCGCUCUCUUCUACAGAUUCCACGGAGACGACCUUCAGUCGAACGACACAAAGAGAUUUGUGGUUCCUCAUGACCUUGUCAUUUGCUCUAUGCUUCUCAUUUUUCUAUGUCUUAGACGUUAUUUGUGCCUUUGCUUUUGCAUACGAAGUCAAGAAGAUCGAGCGAACGGAAUGUUUGGAAGCAUUCCUUGCAAACAAGUGCAAUGAUCCAGUACCCUUUGCCCGGGAUGAAUGCAUCAAGAUGGAUCUGUGCUUGAGGAGGUCUAUCACCAAUGUCGGUUAUGGCCGAUUAGCUGUUGAAAGUUUGGCGAGCAUGGUCAAUGGAUUUUUCGAACCAAUAUCGUUGAAAGCGCUGGUACGAUCGGAACUUUAUCUCGAUCGACGUUGGAACUAA